CUAGGGUAAACAGCUGUUUCAAACAAACAUUGAAAAAUCAUUAAAUUUUGCGAAAUUAUUUUAUUAUCUUUUAAACAUUAAACAAAAGGCAGUUAAUAAUAACAACUCAAAUAGAAUAAGUAACUCGCAGAAUGCAUGAAUAAAUACCGUAAUUUUACCGAAAAUCAUUAGUGAAUAACCAUGGAGAGGCAAGAUUUUUCAGUAUUAACCAUAGUGUGUUUUUUGCUAUUUUGGAAUAUUGCCUCACUGGAAAAUUCUAGUACCGUAUCAGUAAGGAAUACUUCUUUAACAUUAGGGCAAAUAUCUUUAAAAAAUAUACAGGCCCAUGGUGGUACCAAUGGCACAAAUCUCACAGAAACAAAUUUGAUACAGAAUAUUACCCAAGCUGUGACAAAUGGUACUGUACCAUUGCCCAAUGGUACUCUACCAACCAACACGAAUAAAGAUGCCAAAGGGUUAGAUUUUAACAUCACAAGCACACCACCGGAAACAAAUGCAAGUAAAAUUAAUGUAACUUCGACAACUGUCUCUGUAGACCCUGUUUUGCCUGACAAGGGGUCUGCAGAGGAUGAACAUAACAGCUCAAUGGCAAUUUUCUUUGUACUUUGUGUCUUGGCUAUUGGGAUUUUACUUAUACAUUUAAUGCUUCAGACGGGAUUCCAGUAUGUUCCCGAAAGUAUUGUUAUUGUGUUCUUGGGAUGCAUCAUCGGGCUUAUAAUGAAUGCGCUGUCCAACAGGAACAUUAGCAACUGGCGAAAGGAAGAAGCCUUCUCACCCACCGCGUUCUUCCUCAUAUUACUCCCCCCCAUCAUAUUCGAAUCAGGCUACAAUUUGCACAAAGGCAACUUCUUUCAGAACAUCGGCUCCAUAUUGGUGUUCGCCAUAUUCGGCACGACCAUCUCAGCAUUCGUGAUCGGCUUUGGCAUCUACUUCCUCGGUUUGGCGGACGUCGUAUAUCGACUGGGUUUUGUCGAGUCUUUCGCUUUCGGUUCCUUAAUUUCCGCCGUAGAUCCGGUCGCCACAGUGGCGAUAUUCCACGCCUUAAACGUAGACCCGGUACUUAACAUGUUGGUGUUUGGCGAGAGUAUUUUAAAUGACGCGAUCGCUAUCGUUCUCACUACGGCAGCAUUAGAAUCAAACCAUCCCACCAUGAGUACCGGAGAAGCGAUUGUGGUCGGCAUCGAGAACUUUUGUUUGAUGUUUUUCGCAUCGGCAGGCAUUGGGGUGAUUUUCGCCCUCAUAAGUGCCCUGCUGUUAAAACACGUGGAUCUACGUAAAAAUCCGUCCCUGGAAUUCGCUAUGAUGUUGGUCUUCACUUAUGCCCCAUACGUCUUAGCCGAAGGCAUUCACUUGUCCGGGAUCAUGGCCAUCUUGUUUUGUGGCAUAGUCAUGUCACACUAUGCCCAUUUUAAUUUGUCUACAGUGACUCAAAUCACGAUGCAGCAAACCUUGAGGACCUUGGCGUUUAUCGCUGAAACGUGCGUCUUCGCUUAUCUCGGUUUGGCUUUGUUCAGCUUCAAGCAUCGAAUCGAGCCGGCUCUAAUAGUGUGGAGCAUCAUUUUGUGUCUCAUCGGACGCGCUUGUAACAUCUUCCCUUUGGCGAUCUUAGUGAAUCGCUUCCGUGAGCAUCAAAUAACAAAGAAAAUGAUGUUCAUCAUGUGGUUCAGUGGUCUUAGGGGGGCCAUUUCGUACGCCCUCUCCCUACAUUUGAACUUCAGCGACGAGACCAGACACGUCAUCAUAACCACUACGUUGAUUAUCGUUUUGUUUACCACUCUGGUCUUCGGUGGGUCGACGAUGCCCCUGCUGAAGUUUAUGCAGGCCACGAAAAACCCCACCAGGAAGCAGAGGAAGAAGAAGAAGGACCGGGAGGUGACCUUAAGUAAAACCAGGGAGUGGGGACAAGCUUUGGACUCGGAGCACUUGUCUGAAACCACCGAGGGGGAGAUGGAAGUUUCGUUUAUCUCCAAUAGGAUCAAGGGAUUCGCCAAAUACGACCUUAAGUAUUUUAUCCCGUUCUUUACUAGGAGAUUUACGCAGCAGGAACUUAAGGACUGCAAAAGCCAAAUGACAGAUUUAACGAACCAAUGGUAUCAGGCCAUCCGGAUAUCGCCGGACCAAUCGGACGAAGAGACGGGAGGAAACACCGCGCGCACCAGCAUCUCGAGCAUAGUUCGCUGACCGUCUGCCAAAUCGACGAACCCGGAGAAAAUGCCUUUAGUAAACUCUUAAUUUUGUUGUUAUUUUAUUUUGUUAUCAGUCAUCUUAUAAGUAGUCUUUAUCCACAGUAUUCUAUGUAUAGUAUUAGUCAACAAAAGAUAUAAAUUUGUCAAGUCAUAGAGAUGCACAGAACCUUUUGUUGUAAAUAAAAGCGAAUAUUGACUCACGGUGGAUAUUGGAUUGCUUAACUGUCUGAAUAAUAUCGCUUAUCUAGUUGUUACUAUUAUGUUUUGUUUGGCUUUAAAAGUAAGUAUGUAGGAAAUUAUUUUUGCCUCGUCAUAGUUAAGUGAAUUAAAUUCGUACCAAAACCGUGUAA